AUGACCGAUCAAAUGCCGGGAUUGCACAAUUGGUCGACCGGGUUCCGGGCAGCAUUAGCGGCGCACAACCACACACCAGCUGGGCGAACAACCCAGGAUAAUUCUACCGUAGCGAUCACACAUUCACAUGGUGAAAACAAACGGCAAGAUGCUGAACAUAUGCUACCACCGGUCAAUUCAAAUUACGAGGGCCUGAAGAUUCGCAUACGAAGGAUCCAAACAGACGUUCACUCUCCUUCCAUCCCUGCGGAGUUAGCUGUCAAUCGUGGCGGUGGCCCCAAGGAGAAUGCAACUGCAACAAAAACCUACCCAACUGUGUUGUCCUCGGCCCCACCUCUUGAUUCUGAAACGCAAAAUUUUGUGGAACAGCCUCUUUCAAUGGAACCACCAGAAAAGCCGAAGAAAAACACAGAGCCACAUCGGGCCAAGCCUCGCGUUUUUGCCGGAAAGACCAAGAAACCCAAGGCGCUGCUUGGUCGGCCAAAGGCCAGGAAACUUGCAGACAAGAAAUUCAUCCCGGAGCCUUUGACUGACGCCGACUGGGCUCGCAUAUCGGCCACUUAUUGGAAUAACCGGCGGAAGGAGGAGGAGAUGUUGUUGGCUUUGGGUUCAAAACAUGCGGCAGCGACUGGAUCAAGUAAAAUGGUGGAGACGGUCGAUGAUCCUGAUCUCACUGAGACAACUCAACAGAAUUCACGAGCCCCUGGCGCGAAAGCCGUCCGUCGGUCUGCAAGAAACCGCCGUGUGUGA